AGUGCUUAGAACAGUAAAACAAUUACAGUAAAGAAAGAAAAUAGUGGAAUUCAGUUAAAAUAUAUAAAAUUUGUCAACCCUGUUACCAUCCUAACUCCUUUUAUUACAAUAAUUCUGUCAAAAUUGCAAUAUGUUUUCAGAAAGUAAACUCAAAUAAUGUCAUGUAAAUGUCUCCUGAUUUUAAUAGGGGACAAGCUUAGAAUAUCAACCCUGUUACCAUAUUUUUAAAUAGUAAAUGAUUACAAAAAAUAAGAGAUUUCACUUUUGCCAGUAUUAAAUUCUCCUACUAAGAGCCUUAGAGUUUCAUCAUGGUUAGGUAAUGACUAAUUGAGCUAUAAAACUGUCAACCCUAUUACCUAAUAACCUUUUAUUACAAUAAUUCUUUCAAUGAAAUCACCAUACUUUCAGGAGGUAAACACUGCAAAGUUAAGAAAAUGCCUCCUGUUUUACCAAUAGAAGACAAAUGUAGAAUAUCAACCCUGUUACCAUGAUUUUAAAUAGUAAAGGAUUACGAAAAAUGAAAAAAUUAUUUUAUGUCAGUAUUGAAUUCUCUUAUUAAGAACCCUGGAUUAUUAUAAUGUUUAGCAAAUAGUGUCUAGCAUGCAAGUAAUAUUUAUCAAGUAAUGUCUAAUAGGGCUGUGCAAUUAAUCGAAUGCGAUUGUCAUGCACAUCUCAUCAGUAAAGCCACUUUACUGAUGAGGUGUGCAUGAAAAUCAUAUUUGAUUGAUUGCACAGCCCUAAAAUUGUCUAACUGAACUGUAAAACUGUCAACCUUGUUAGCAUCAUAACUUUAUUAUUACAAUAAUUCUGCCAAAAUUACAACAUCCUUUUAGGAAGUGAACUCUGUAAAGGCAAGUAAAUGGCUCCAAUGGCUUACAAAGUUUACAAUGUCAACCCUGUUACCAUGAUUUUUAAAUUACGACAUUUAUGUUUAUGUCAGUAUUAAAUUCUUUUUAUACAAAGAACUUGUAAGUAUCAUCAUGGUGAGAACAAACAGUUAAUGUCUAACAGAAAACUGUAAAAAGUCAACCGUUAUUUUUUUGAGGGUCUAUAUUAAUUUAGCUUCAGAUGCCAUAAUGCAGUUUAUCAACAGCAAGAGACAUUAUUUGUUUUUAAUCAAUUUUGAAUAAAUGCACCCUUUAUAUUUUUAAAUUGUAAGAUCCUCUUGCAUACAGUGGCCCCAGUAAGAAAUAUCAAAGCCAAAAUAUUCAACCCAAACCCACUUUUAAAAACGGAAAAUACAGACAGACUUUUAAAGUAAAAUAUUUCACAAAAAGUAGAUUAAUUGGUUCUGGCAUACAAAAACAGAAAAAAACCUCCAUAUUCAUACAUUCACUAAAUAUCACCAUGGGUCCAGUUGUUUGAAAGUAACUAAGUUAAUUUUGUAACUAAGUAACUUGUUUGCAAACACAGAUUGGUUUGAUAUUUUGCUACCUAAUGCAAAGAACGGUUAAGUGUUAUUUAAAUGUCCAAAUAUAUUUGGGGUCUGCUGUACAAAACCCUUCACUCAAAUAGCACAAGACAGCUAAGACUAGAUAUCAAUGCAAGCCAUGCGCAUUCACUUAUUUCUCCAGUGCUGCAGGAUUCAUGUCUUCAUAGUUAAAUAAGGAAUGUAGAUAGCGAAAAAAAAUCACAUUUUAAUAAAAUCCCCAAAUUUAUGUAUUUGAAGACAGCCAUUAUUCUUGGAAUUUCCAUUCAAAUAACUUCUGUCAUCUAUUUAGUUCUUUUUAAUUAUGGACCUUCCUUCCAUCCUUCAUGCAUUUAACCCUUGCUUUUCGGUGUUCACCGCAUUGUAUAAAAUGUGUGUAAAAAAUGCCGAUUCAAUGUGCUUAAUCGGCUCAACCUCCAAGAUGACUACCCUUGUCAGAUGUCCCACAGCUUUAAGCAAUUUACCCCCAUUUUCCAUACUCUCAGCCCCUCAAGACUUGGACAAAUACCAGUGAACUUCCCAAAAAUUACAGAAAGUUGCCUCCAAUCAUAGCCAUGAGACCAGGUGAGAGACUGGGAGUGGAAGGGUUAUUCCGCCUCCCUCCCAUACUGGCCGCACCCCAUCAUCCCCUCCGCCCCAACAGCUCUGACCCGCUUAGAUGGUUAUAAAAGAGACGGUGACUCUGGCGCAUCUUAACAUCACCUGCGCUCUCAUCCUGAAGAAGAAAAACUAGGCAAAGAAAAGAAGAACAAUGCGUUCACUACUGAAGAUCAUUGUUCUGCUCUUUUGCUUUCAAGCCGGAGAAGGACACUGGCUUAAAACGCUACUGGACAAAGACCUUCGUGGUGAAGAACGAAGAGGAGGUGAUGGUGAGGAAAAGGAGGGUUCAGAGAGGCAGUUGGAAAGGUCGAUUCGGUCGCCCCGCAGCGCUGAGUCCCCAUGCGCUUUGCACUCCAUCCUACUGCAGGUGCGAGACCUCGGUCUUGGCUAUGACUCGGAUGAGACAGUGCUGUUUAAAUACUGCAGUGGGACCUGCCCUCGCCUCGCAUCCAACCACGACCUCACACUCACCAACCUCCUGCAAAGCGGCGUCCUUCAAUACACCGGCCAUUGGCACCAUCAGCCCUGCUGUCGCCCCACACAUCAUGAAGACAUAGCCUUUCUCGACAACCACCAUCGCUGGCACAAAGUGGAGAAACUCUCUGCUGCUGCAUGUGUCUGUAUGGGGUAGAGACGAGGGUGGCCAGUCGAAAUCUGGCUACAUAAAGACUGUCUGUUGAUUUAGACUGCCUUGAAGUAAAAUAAGGGCUGAUUAAGGUACAUUAAUUCAGGAAGUAAUAAUAUGUAUUGAAAUGUAUCAAGAUAUAUAUUUUGCUUUCUUUGAUGACAUUGGCUAAUACUGUGUUUGAGAACGUCAAAACAUUCAGUUUUGGUUAAUGACAACACAAUGACGUGUUUAGGUGGCUGAUUCUGAGUCAAGAUCCGACGAAUUGUCCAUCCAAACCAAAAAUGGAAUAUAUUUAUAAAUUAUUUAUUUAUUUGUAAAACAUUUUUACUACCCAAUAAAUUAUUGUUAAUCUUUAUUUUUCUUCUUGUAAAUAUGUAUAGUUCUUAUUAAAUAUAUAAACAGAAGU